AUGUCCUUCCUUCACUCAUCUUCUUCCACUUUCUUCUUUCUCUCAAUAACACUCCUCUCUUUUUCCGGUACAACAAAACCCGACACCCCAUGCCCGUAUCCAUGUUACCCACCACCCUUAGGAAGUGGAACCGUCACUCCUACAAAUCCAACCCCUUCGGUUUCUACAGUUCCACCGGCACCACCUCAAUCUGGAUUACCAUAUCCACCACCUUCUGGUUAUUAUCCUUAUAAUCCAACACCACCUUACGGCGGCAACAACGGUGGUGGUGGUGGUGGCGGUGGUAGUGGUAGUGGUGGUGGUGUUUAUGAUACUCCGCCACCACCGGAUCCUAUUCUACCUUACUUUCCAUUCUACUACAAAAAUCCUCCUAAUAAACCUGAUGACUCUCCAGCAUCAUCAAUCACUAAGGAGAACAAAUUCAUUGGGAUGAUCUUCACUACGAUUCUGUUAUCUUUAUUUCUUGUUUUGGGUUUUGUAUAA